AUGAGUCUGUCCGGGACAUGCUGUUCCGCCUGGGGGAACUGCCGCGCACAGAUCCCUGGGGCCCGGUUCCAUUCGGGCGCUGGGCCCACCCAGGCCACCACUCAGCGGAGAGGGGCCAGCCAUGGCCAAGAGAGACUACCUGGUCGAUGCAGCAAAACAGAUCCGCAUGGCGCUGGACCGGGAAGUGAGCGAGGACUACGAGGCCGCCUUCAACUACUAUAAAAACGGGGUGGACCUGCUACUGAACGGGGUGCAAGUGGACCCAAACAAGGAACGGAGAGAGGCGGUGAAGCGGAAGACGACUCAGUAUCUGAAGAGAGCAGAGGAGAUUUUCAACUCCCACCUGCAGGGCACUCUGGGAGAUGGGACAUCUCUGUCUGGGGGUUACAGCAGCCUGAGAUUUCGGCCAAUCAGAAACCUCAGCUCACCAGUGGAGGACCUGAAGAUGUGCAAAGUCAUUGGGGUCAUUGACAAGGUCCUCACUGUCCAGAGCCUGAUCACCAAGGACACGUUUGUUGUCAAAAGCCUACCAAAAUCGAGCUGGGAGAGCCGGGACCAGCCCACCAUCAUCCCACAGGGGGUGCCCUUCAUGGUGAAGCUGCUGCGCUACUACGUGAGCGAGGACACCGUCUACCUGCACCUGGAGCACGUUAAAGGAGGGCGGCUCUUCUCCAAGCUGCGAAAGUCUAAGAAUGACAGGGUUAAAGAGCACCCAGAGUGCAGCAGCCCCACCCACGGGAAGAUCAGGCUGAAGAACAGCUACACCUCCCCCUCAAUUACCCAGGACUACCAGCGGAGUGGCAGGGGGAGCCGGGAGGCGGAGCCUCUGCAGGAGGAAGGGGAGGGGCCGCGGGAGCUGGUGGACAGCCCUGACACGGACUCCCCCACCUCCUGGGACGAGGCACAGCGCCGGCUGGAGAGCUGCGGGACCCACUCCUACUGUGAGGAGACGGGCUGCCUGCACAGCGCCAGGACUCGAGCACCGGACCUCAGGACGAGCUGGGAAUUCGGACCGCCUGAGUCGGACGGCCCACUGGGUGUCGAUCCACUGCACAGAACAUGCCCUCACUCUGAAACUCAGGAAAACCGUGCUCUCCCACCUCAAUGUCACGUCGCUGGAGGCCCCCGUGAGACUCCGCGUUAUACGUGGAAUACCUCAGCACGGGGUGUCAAGAGCGCUGAGUCCGGCUCGGAAUUUGACAUUGCCCGGAAGUGGGAGAGUGCUGAUCCGUCAGGGGACUGCGAGACUUUUACACAUGGUGUAUCAACUCACACUGGUUCUCAGACAUUAGGAGGGAUGGGAGAACCUGAAACAGCUUGGUCUUUUGCAGGCCAUACAGGCUCAAAGGCAGAGCCAAGUCUGGGCAUUAACUUCCACGCUGUUAACAGCCACACUGCUCCCACAAUGCUGCACUUCACUUUCAGUAACCAAAUUCGGGACUGUGACCCUGCUGCAAAAGACGCCACCGCAGAUGCUGACCGUACAACAAAAGGAAGCCAUGACAAGGCAGCAGGCCUGGUUCUCACCAUGCACCAGAUUAGAAAGGAAAGGGAGCAGGUGCGUGGGGAAAACGCUGAGGAGACUAAGGGCAAGGCUGACGAUACGCGGGUGGCUGGGAGGUCACAGUCCACUCAAGCUUUGACACCCCGCACUGAUGCGGCUGAGAGUCCGAGUGGGACACCCACAUGGAAUUCUAAGGCACCUGGCAUCCCUCUCCAGUGCAACGCAGACCUUUCGCACAGGACUUCCCCGAACGCCACGGGGGCGAGGGCCCCAGCGGUGCCCGCUGCUAGGGACGGACAGGCUCCUCUCCAGUGUGAGACUGAGGGGCCUGAGCCGCCUGACGGGCCGUGCCUGGAGCAGCCCAUCGAGGUGGACGGCUGGUGCCUCCUGCCUCGGAUCCCGGCCAGCCGGCCCACAGAGAGGGUCCGGCUGAGCUGUUGGGGGCUCCCCGAGGGUGAGGUGCGGCUGUGGGCCGCCCAGAUCCUGCUGAGCAUAGAGAGCCUCCACCAGCAGGGCAUCCUCUGCCGUGACCUCAACCCCAGGAACAUCCUGCUGGAUGGCAACGGAAAGGCCUGCUUGACGUAUUUUGGCCAGUGGACCGAAGUUCAGUCUGAGAUCAGCACCAAAGCCAUGGAGCAGAUGUACUGUGCCCCAGAAGUAGGAGGUGUGUCAGAGCUCACAGAGGCUUGCGAUUGGUGGAGCCUUGGGGCACUCCUGUACGAACUCCUCACUGGAAUGCCUCUCUGGCAGUGCCAUCCUGCGGGAGUGCUCCCACACACCCAGCUCCUCAUCCCGGAUGACCUGAGCACCGCUGCAGCCUCCCUGCUCACUGAGCUUCUGCAGUUUGACGCAGGCUACCGUUUGGGUUCUGGAGGAGGUGGUGUGAGUGACAUCAAAUGUCACCCCUUCUUUAGCGCUGUACCCUGGCACACACUGAGCAGCUAACGAGGCAGAGAUGGGGAUGUACCCACGGACAUCCUGAUGUCAGACCAGUGCAGCUGCUCCAAGCUGUGCUGCACCAGCACUGCCCUCUAGUGGCUGAAAAACCAGGAAACCUGAUUUACUCCAAUGUGUUCUGAGCUCUGUGCAUAUCUCAGUUCUCAGAGACUUGAACUGAGAGACUAGAUAACUGAAAAUGACUGAUUAGGGACAUAGACUCCUUUGAAGCUAGUGCGUUCUCAGGUCAGAAAAUUGCUGCGUGAAGACAUCAACACUCUGAAGAUUUAAGAUUGCGAUACAGAAGGUUUAUAUAUCCAAUAUGCAGAGGUAAGCUGUUUGGAUGUGAGGAGGCAAUGUCUGAAAAAAAAUUGCAAGUUAAGGCAGAAUUACUUUUUAUGAUGCUUUUGAACAUUUUCAUGAAAAAGCACUAGUAUUAGUGGUAAAAAGAAUGAAUAAAAAUAUCAUUUAGUCUUCAUUAUACAUUAUGACAAUGACAUUUGAAGUCCCAUCCCCAGAGAAUAUGCAAGCCCACCCAUCCACCCAUGCACAUUACGACAGGAAGUAAAACUGCCUUAAAUACGCUGUAUGUGUUUUGGAAUUGCCAUGGUUAUUCCUUGUGGUAGAGGAGUAGAGGUGUCUGUCUGAGAUCAAUCAAUCACAGUCUGACUGAAUAAGGAAGCAGUAGGGAGGAUCACAUCAGGCCCAGGUGGAAACGAUGACUUGAGGCACAAGUCCCUAUUGUGAGAGCAAGGCGAGUGAGAACAGUCUGGGUCCUCCUUUCUCGCGCUGUGGGUCGCUACUUCCUCUGACUCAGGCCACGGAGCGUGCCGCUCCUCCGCCAUGUGGUCACCCUCCCUGUCACAGCUCCUCCGUGAAACUGAGGCCCAUAUUUGGAUGACAGACACUGACCUAAAAAAGGCCUUCCUGGUGCCGCAUGUUAAUUUUACCUGCGUGCUCCUGAGCUCACCGCAAACCCGUUUCGAGGCAUGCAUAACCAGGCGACGCCCCUGUUUUGUACAGAGUUGCACCCCAUUACAGAUGUAUCAGGGAAACGCGUCCUUGUAGCGGUCUUCCCUAGAUUGAAUUUGAGAUUCUAAAGCUGUUGGGUGUGAAAAACAAUUCUGAUGUGACUAUGUCCAUGUGGACCAGAACUCUGGUCAUAGCAGUACACGACCCAAUGCAAUGCACGACCCUGUGACCAGAACGACAACAGUUUCUCUCUGCAUGUUACCAGGAUCUGUCUGAGACUUUUCCUGUGUAAAAUUCCCUCAUUAUAUUUUCUCUCCUUUUAAACUAUUCCCACUCAAGAUGUAACU